AUGUCGGGAAAGGCUGGAAGACUAUUGAUUGUGUCAGUGCGUUCAUCGAUGAAGAACUAUGCGGUAGACCAUUACGUCGGAAAAUGCUUUUUGGCAUCUGAAAUGACCACAGACAUGCGGCUUUUCGCCAGUAUGAACCCGCCAAUGCACUUUCAAGGCACUGCGCUGGAUAAACCUUUUGCUACACCCUUUCGCAGUGCAAUGGUAAGGGCGUUCGUUGGUAUGUAUACGGAAAUGACGGCUGAGAUCCGACUUCCGGUUGAAAGUCUGAAGGUUUAG